CCUUCGUCAGCUGGCAGCUGCUAUAAUAAGGAAGGAAGAAGAUAACGGAGGGCAAGGAAACUCGCUCCCACUCUACUCCUAUCCACUGCGGCCUGGACGCGUGCGAGAGACUUGACCAAGCAGCAGCAGCAGGGAUGGCGCCUCUGAAGCUGUACGGGAUGCCGCUGUCCCCCAACGUGGUGCGCGUGGCCACCGUGCUCAACGAGAAGGGCCUCGACUUCGAGAUCGUCCCCGUCGACCUCACCACCGGCGCCCACAAGCAGCCCGACUUCCUCGCCCUCAACCCUUUCGGCCAGAUCCCGGCUCUCGUCGACGGAGACGAAGUCCUCUUCGAGUCCCGUGCGAUCAACCGGUACAUCGCCAGCAAGUACGCGUCGGAGGGCACGGACCUGCUCCCCGCGACGGCGUCGGCGGCGAAGCUGGAGGUGUGGCUAGAGGUGGAGUCGCACCACUUCUACCCGAACGCGUCGCCGCUGGUGUUCCAGCUGCUCGUGAGGCCGCUCCUGGGCGGCGCCCCCGACGCGGCGGUGGUGGACAAGCACGCGGAGCAGCUCGCCAAGGUGCUCGACGUGUACGAGGCGCACCUCGCCCGCAACAAGUACCUCGCCGGGGACGAGUUCACGCUCGCCGACGCCAACCACGCGUCCUACCUGCUCUACCUCAGCAAGACCCCCAAGGCCGGGCUCGUCGCCGCCCGCCCCCACGUCAAGGCCUGGUGGGAGGCCAUCGUCGCCCGCCCCGCGUUCCAGAAGACCGUCGCCGCCAUCCCCUUGCCCCCGCCGCCCUCCUCCUCGGCUUGACCUCGCCUUGCGUUGCGCCGUUGCCUGGGUCGCGGAUGCGUCGGAGCCCCGAGUCGAAUAAAAGAGGCAGCAUCCUGUCUUGCAUUUGCUGCUGCGCCAUGUGUUAACAGCCUGUGUAAUAAACACUGUUGCUUUCGUGUGUGUUCAUUGCCUUUUGGUUGGUCUUUGCAUAUCCUACUAGUGCUGAUCUUUUUGUGAAGCUUGGAUUGGAUGGACGCGUUUUCUUCACCGUAAUUCCCUUCUUCCUGAGCGACGUGACUGUUGAUUCGAACAACAACAAAAUUUUCGGCCCACAACCGCAAGGCCCGUUCCUACGACUCACCUGUUGGGUUUGGGUUACAGUUAAGGCCUUCCUCUUGGAUGAAUUUAUAUCCCAUAUCUAAUUCUAUGGUGGGAUUAAAUCCAUCAUUUAAUUCAUGUAUCUCUC